AUGGAUCCGCACUCGAGUGGCCACGGCCAAGGCCGUCGGUUGGUCACGUCAACCACUGCCCCAGCCUCAUCAGCAUCACACCGCCGAAAUGAUGAGUCAUGGGUAGAGCUUGCCUCGCAGCCCUCUUCAUCAUCGUUAUCCUCUAUCGGCGGCGAUGAGAUUGUCACCGUUGGCUUGCACGUCGCCGGGUCCUACCCGCCCCGCAACCGUCGACGCAGCUAUCCCGCGCGUUACUCCUAUCCUCAUGCGAAUCCUCACUUUCAAGCCGGCGGCGCUAGCAGCCAAGAGGAGUACGAGGCGAGCGAGAGCGAAGAGGAUCGAAACCUUGCUAGCUCUACCGAACAGGUCUCCCCUUCCGAACUACCCCCGCCGCCCCGAUUCCAGCUACAGCAGCCUGUUAUUUCAGAUUCCGAAUCGGAUGACUCGGACGACGACCACGCAACCGCGAUAGGCACCCGAGGCCCCGAUAAUCACGUAUUCCGGCCCCAGCCCAAUGCGUUUUCGAACCCUCCUUCUACCCUCGGCCGGAGAAGACAUUCUUCCACAACGACGGUAACCUCCCACCCGCACAGUAGCGUAAACCGCCCGCACUUGGCCCAGCGGGCCCAGACCCGCGUGCACCGGGGCCACCAUCAACCCGAUUUCCUGUCCCAGGCAGACAACGACGCCGCACUCCGUGCCUCGCUCACAACACUCUUGUCCUGCGCCGCGGCUGCCCGUGGUCUUCCCAAGUACAAGGAUGAAGCGGAUAAGAGCCGCGGCUCUCCGGGAAGUGCUGGAACUGGUGCCGGCGCUGCCACAUCUAACCAGCCCCUAGGGUUGAGACUCGUCCCCGAGUCGGAACUUAUGAACGAGGGGCAGUCAACAGCUCAACCUGGCAGGCCUACCCAGCCAGGACACCCACGCUCCGGACCCUCUUCUCCCGCGAGAUCGUCGAGCAGGGGAGCGUCUACCCCAGACAAGUCGAAGCGGGGUGCCUCUGCAAUUAGCAGAGGCACCAGGGCGAGCAAGAAGAAGAGAACCGCCGUUGCGGAUGACGCCCUUCUUAGCCCGACUUUGAUGACUUGGGUCUUCAGUGCCGGCGUGGUGGUCCUCGUCUCCGUUGUAGGCUUUGGCGCGGGAUACGUCAUCGGCCGCGAGGCAGGGAAGCAGGAAGUCCUCGCCUCCGCGAGCACGAGCUUCAACGCAUCCGACACUACGUCCUGCGGGAGGGAGGUUAUGCAUUCUUCUGGAGGCGGCCUACGACGCCUCAAGUGGGGAGCGGCAGUCGGGAAGACGGUGGCUGCCUCGUAA